AUGUCGAGCCCGCGUUUCAGAGGGUCUGGUACAGAAGAAGAAUACACGGAGCGGAACCAGCUGCUCCAAGACAUCCUAAGCCUCAUUGAAGGCACUUCGUACAAAGUGCGCACAGCGAGGAAGUCGAGGAAGGCCUGCCAUGCUGAGCCAGGCGUGGAAGCGCGAAAAUCGGCAGCGGCUGCCAGAGAUGUGCACGCAGCUAGAUACGCGGAGCGCAGCACAGCCUUCAUCGACGAGUGUGACACCGUUGAGGAAGAAAUUGAUGUUGCUAGCCCCACUGCCUACGCUACGCCGGAGCAGCUGCUGACUCGCAUGGUCACCCCUGAUGACGCCGAAAGAGAAUGGGACGACGUCAUAAGUGAAUGUGCAUUAGGCAUAUCUCGGCCGGCAUCCACAGAGCCCCAGUCGGCUGCGGCUACGCAUGCCCGCUCAGCAGAUAUAGCUGCGACUCCUGCAACAGCGGGUCGUUGGAGUGCCGAACCGCCAAGGGGCGCGGAUACCGAGACUGCAGCGGCUGCCUCCGCAACAGCAGGGUGUAUACUAUAG